GGUUACAUAAUGUCCAUGGAAACUGAUCAAGAAGGACUACUAGCAGAUGAAAAAAAAGAAGAAGAAAGCAGCAGCAAGAAACAGAAGAUAACACAAAUUGAGCAGCCAGAGAUUUUUGUUGAUAAGGUAAAGUCCACUAUUCCUUUACAACACACAAAUCACAAAGCACAAAGUACUGCUGAUAGAAGCAAACAAGAAACUGAUGGUAAAAUGCCCUUAUUUGUAAAUGAAUGGCAAAUGGGGGAAAAAGGGGCAUUCUUGGGUACUGAGGAGUUCAAAGGCUUUAGCUCUAAUAUGCACAAAUUCCAAGAAAUAGAACCCUUCAUUUGCAUGGAAUCUUGUUCUAAAGAAACACCAUGUUUGAUGUGUAAUGUUCAUGGUGGCAUAGAAUCAUCUAACAAAGCCAAGAUAAGUUUAAUUGGAGUGAGAAGGCAAAAGAAUGGGAGGUAUGGUGCUGUGAUUACAGAUCAAAUUAGGCAUAAGCAAGUAUGGUUAGGCACUUUUGACACUGUUGAAGAGGCUUCACAAGCUUAUUUGUCCAAGAAGUCUGAGUUUGAGAAAUUAAGACAGCAAGGUAAUAAGGACAAUAAACCAAAGGUGAAUCUUGAUCAAAUUCAGCAGACAUCCUUGUUUGUGGGAAAUGACCAAACCUUGGAUACUGCUAGUGUGAGUAGAAUCAAUCCUCACGAAACAACACAUGUCGUUGAGGUUCUUCACAAGAAGAACUGGUCAGGGAAAGAACCCGAAUCUGCUAAAGAAACCACAUGUCUAAUGGCUAAUGUACAUGGCAUAGAAUCAUAUGAUGAGUGUAAUACUACAACAAGUUGCAAUCCUAAAGCCAAGAGAAGCUUACUUGGUGUGCGAAAGCAAAAGACUGGGAGGUAUGGUGCUGUAAUUACAGUCCAAAUUAGGCAUAAGCAAGCAUGGUUGGGAACUUUUGACACUGUUGAAGAGGCUACGCAAGCUUAUUUCUCCAAGAAGUCUGAGUUUGAGAAACUAAAACAACAGGGUAAUAAGGCCACGGAGAAUUGUGAUCGAAUUCAGCAGCCUGAAUCACCUGUUGUGUUGUCAUCCUCGUCUGUGGCUAAUGAUCAAACCUUAGAUACUGCUAGUGUGGGUUGUAGAAAUAGAAGAAUCGAUUCUCACGAAACAGCACCACAUAUUGUUGAGGUUCACAAGAACAAGAUGUCAGGAGAAGUACCCGAAUCUUCUAAAGAAACCCAAUGUCUAAUGGCUAGUGUUGUCCACAACACAGAAUCAUCUGAUGAAUGUAAUACUAGUACAAGCAAUCUUAAAGCCAAGAUAAGCUUACUUGGUGUGCGAAGGCAAAAGAAUGGGAGGUAUGGUGCUGUGAUUACAGACAAAACUAGGCAUAAGAAAGUAUGGUUGGGCACUUUUGACACUAUUGAUGAAGCUUCACAAGCUUAUUUCUCCAAGAAGUCUGAGCUUGAGAAUGAGAAAUUAAAUCAGCAGGGUAAUAAGGAGACUCGUGAUCAAAUUCAGCAGCCUGAAUCACUUGUGGCAUCCUUGUCUAUGGAUAAUGACCAAACCUUGAAUGCUGCUAGUGGUGGUAGAAGAAAUAAAAGAAUCGAUUCCCACAAAGCAACAACAGAUAUUGUUGGGGUUCACAAGAACAAGACGUCAGGGGAAAAAAUCGAGCCUUCUAGAGAAACCGCAAGUCUAAUGGAUAAUAUACAUGGCACAGAAUCAUGUGAUGAGUGUAAUACUACUACAAGUUGCCAUCCUAAAGCCAAGAUAAGCUUAAUUGGAAUUCGAAGGCAAAAGAAAGGGAGGUAUGGUGCUGUGAUUACCGACCGAAUUAAGCAUAAGAGAGUAUGGUUGGGAACUUUUGACACUGUUGAAGAGGCUUCACAAGCUUAUUUGUCCAAGAAGUCCGAGCUUAAGAGAUUAGGUCAGCAGGGUGAUAAGGAGAAUAAACCGAAGGACUGUGCUCAAGUUCAGCAGCCUGAAUCACCUGUUGUGCCAUCCUUAUCUGUGGCUAAUCAUGAUCAAACCUUAAAUACUGCUAGAAUGAGAAGAAGAAAUGAAAGAAUUGAUUCUCACAAAACAACAACACGUUUCUUUGGGGUUCACAAGAGAAAGGAUUCAGGUAAAUAUACAUCUGAGAUUAGAAACCCCAUCAGUAAGAAAAGAAUUUGGUUGGGGACUUUUGGCACUGCUGAAGAGGCUUCCCAGGCUUAUCAAUCUAAGAAGCUCGAGUUUGAGAGACUAGUCCAUGCCAAGCAGCAAUGUGGUAAUGAACAAACUCAUUCUACACAAGAUGAGAAAUUAGUCAAUGUCGAGUCAGGACAUGAAAAUGAAAAUCGUGAACUCGAAUCAGCUGGUGGAUCAGAAAUUAAUGUUCCAAUCUCAAAUUCAUCAAAUGGUGGAAUUGAAGAAAGGAUUGAUUCUCACGAAAUAGGCACUGCUGAAGAAGCUUUUCAUGCUUAUCAGUCUAAGAAAUUCGAUCUUCAGAACUCAAAGGAGGUUGAGCUGCAAAGCGAUAUGCCAACUGAUUCUAGUGCAGGGGAGAAGCAAGAAGGUCAAGUGGAUGAUGAAGAUUUACAGAUGGGGGAAUGGGUGCAACUUCCAGGUAAUAGGGCAGUCAAAUUUUCACUGAAAUUGGGCUUACCAAUCAUCGAUAAUUAUGGAUCUCUUUUAGGUGAAUUCAGUACUUUGGAUGAUCUCAGUAUCUGUAAGACUGACCAUGACAAUGAAACAUAGCUGUGCUUUUCCUAGCUUUUAGUUUGAAAGUUUGUAAAUUGCAAGACUUUCGGGUAGUUAGAAGUUUUAGGACCCUGU